GCCUGCCUCGCUUCGCCUAGGCCGCCCCGCCCCGUCAUCAUGGCGCUGCGAGGGGUGCGGGUGCUGGAGCUGGCGGGCCUGGCGCCGGCGCCUCUCUGCGGCCAGAUCCUGGCCGACUUCGGCGCCCAAGUGGUGCGGGUGGAUCGCUUCCUUCGCACGACCCUCAAUGCGGACGUGCAAGGCCGGGGCAAGCGCUCGCUGGCGCUGGAUUUGAAGCAGCCGCGGGGCGCCGAGACGCUGGCCAGGCUCUGCCAGAAGGCGGACGUGCUUAUCGAGCCCUUCCGACCAGGUGUCAUGGAAAAACUUAGUCUUGGUCCAGAUACCCUCCUUAAGAAUAAUCCCAAACUCAUUUAUGCAAGGCUAACUGGAUUUGGCAAUUCAGGAGCAUAUAGCAAGAUGGCAGGUCAUGAUAUUAAUUAUUUGGCUGUGUCAGGUGUGUUAUCGAGACUUGGCAGAAAAGAUGAAAAUCCUUAUGCUCCUGUGAAUCUUCUGGCUGAUUUUGCUGGAGGUGGCGUCAUGUGUGCGUUGGGCAUUAUUAUAGCACUCUAUGAACGCACAAAAUCUGGCAAAGGGCAAGUAAUCGAUGCAAGUAUGGUAGAAGGUGCUGCAUACUUAAGUUCUUUUCUGUGGAAGUCACAAAAUUUGGGCCUUUGGAACAGACCUCGGGGUGAAAACCUGCUUGAUAGUGGUGCCCCUUUUUAUGAAACGUACAAGACUUCAGAUGGGAAAUUUGUGGCGGUCGGUGCUCUUGAGCCACAGUUCUAUAAGCAGCUGAUCAGUGGUCUGGGGCUAGAUUCUCAUAAACUUCCUGAUCAGUAUAAUUUUUCUGGCUGGCCUGAAAUGAAGAAAAUAUUUGCUGAUGUAUUCUCACAGAAAACCCAAGCAGAAUGGUGUCAAAUCUUCGACAACAUGGAUGCCUGUGUGACACCAGUUCUGUCUUUUGAUGAUGUUGCUGUGCAUCCACACAACAAAGAUCGUGGGACUUUUCUUAAAAAUGAUCAAGAAGAGAUAAGUCCUAGACCUUCACCACUUCUUUCCAGGACCCCAGCUACUCCUUCUUCCAAAAGGGAUCCAUUUGUAGGAGAGCACACUGAAGAGAUUCUCUUAGAUUAUGGUUUUUCUAAGGAAGAGAUUGCACAGCUUAAAUCUCUUAAAGUAAUUGAAUCCAAUAAGCCAAAGGCUAAUUUAUAAUAUAAAACUAUAGAAACCAAGGGUCUAGCACUGCCCAGUGAUAUUUUUUAACUUCUCUUACCCAUGGGUGCUAUGAACUCAACAAAGGAGAGUUAUGGACAAAACCAUUAGCAGUUUCGAUUUAGAUGGUGUUGGAAAAGUGUGUUAUUCCAGCAUGGAGUUGGGAGUAUUUGCAAUUUACUACAACUAAUUAAGCUUUGGGGAAGGUGGCAUUUGUGCGAGAGAUUUAUUGCUGGCCUCCUACUUCUUUGCCAGCAGUCAUUAAGAGCCAUGCAUUUAGGACAUGAAAUGGGAUGUCAUAAACCAGAUUAAACCCAUGCUACUGUGUGUGGGUCAGCAGCAUGCAGUGUACCAAGAACUGCUGCCAGAAUAGGGGUUGCUUGUGCUGAUGUACUCUGGAAUGGCUGGUUUCUGUCAGUACAGUCCUGAGUGGAGUUACAUCCUUCAAAGCCCACUGACUCUGUUUAGGAUGGUGCUGGGUAUUAAGAAGAAAUGAUUUUAAAAACAAAAUUGUAAACAAGUGGGCUGCUGUGCACAUGAAUAAAUGUCUGAAAUACA